GUUUACAUUUCCACUUGCAUGAGAAAUUUUUUUUUAUCCCAUGCAUUCAUAGAUUUCAAUAUGGGUGAUCAUUGUCACCAUCAGGGUUGUCAGCAUGAAAAUAUAAAGGAUGAUCUAUCUAAAGGGGAAAAUAGCCUUUAUUCUAAAUUGGAUCACCCCAAAAUACAAUGUCUUAAUGAAUUAAUAGAAAAUUCUGGAAAGGAAAUUUUCAAACCUUUUGAAAAUCGUUUAGAUAAAACACAGUUCGUCGAAAGUGACGUUGAUGAAGAAUUGCUCGUUAAUAUUCCUUUUUUAGGAAAUGUGAAAUUGAAGAGCAUUGUUGUAUUAGGUGGUGAAGGUACAUCCCAUCCUUCUGAAAUUAGAUUAUUUAAAAACAGACCAACUAUGUCAUUUGAUGAUACUCAAGUGGAAGCUGAUCAAACUUUUAAAUUACAUCCAGACCCUAAUGGCAAAUUAGAUUAUACACUGAAGGCAACUAUAUUUUCAUCCAUAUAUCAUCUUACAAUAUACAUACCCAAAAAUUAUGGCUCUACAAGGACAAAAGUUUAUUAUAUUGGUCUGUUUGGAGAUUUUCUAAGGCCAUUCCGACAAGAAAUAAUUUUAUGUAAUUAUGAAGCAUCAGCCAACCCAUGUGAUCAUAAAGUUAAAGAAGAUGUUAGUAAUCAAAUGCAAAUCCGUUAGUAGUAGAUAGAAAUGAUAUUAAUUUACUGCUCAUAUUAUUUUUUAUAAUUAAUAAAGAUCGGUUUAAAGCAACAGAUAUUGUGUCAAUUUAUUUAUAAAAUAUAUAUAUCUAAACUGAACAGCGAUUAUUAUUU